UUCGGAACUUAAAAAAAUUUCAAUUAUUUUUUAUUAUUGAUUUACAAAAUUUUUACUAAUAUUCCAGAAAUAUUAGUAUAAAAGAUUAAUUUUUAAAAAAUUGAGACUAUAAAAAAUGCUAAUCUUUGAGGGUUUUGUUUUCAUUUUGUAAAAUUUUUAUAUUACAAACUUUUCAGGCAGACAUGGUCAUUAUUACUUGUAAGAAAUCAUGGUCUUCCACAUGUUUGACUAUGGAAUGUGGGUUUUCUGCAAGGAAAAUUUAUGAGAUGAUUGCUAAUUCUGAGGGUAUACCCACUAGUAACUUUUAUUUGGUGUCCAAUCGAAAAGUUCUCAAUUUUACUGAUGAAAUAAUUUGCGAUUCCUAUGUGAAUGCUUAUAUUCGUGUGCCCGGUGGCAAGGGUGGAUUUGGAUCCAUGUUAAGAGCAAUUGGAGCGCGAAUUGAAAAAACUACAAAUCAUGAAGCAUGUCGAGAUCUGAGUGGUCGAAGGAUGAGAGAUGUUAAUAAUGAAAAGCAAAUAGGAGAAUGGUUGAAGAAAAAGCAAGACAAAGAAGAUGAACGAGCAAAAGCUCGUGAAGAAAAGUUAAAGCGUUUAUUAAACCCUGUCUACAACUAUGUUGACCAAGGCUAUACAACAAAGCUUCAAGAUAAUGCAAGCAAUGUUGAUGAAGCUUUUAAAGCUGCACUUUCUAAAAAAAAAAAAAUGAAGUCACGAACAAAUCAUGUCUCUGAAGAAGAUGAUGCUCCCAGUAAUAAAAAGAGCUGUUUGUGGAUUGGUGUUAGUGAUGAAGAAAGUGAUAUGGAACAUUCAGAUGAAAGCAGCCCUGGUGAACAUAGCCCUGGAAAUUUAGUUUUGAGAAAUGAUGAAACCUCUGAAGUGCCUGCAUACACUAAGAAUGUAGAAAGUGUUAUGGAACAUUCAGGCGAAUGCAACAAUGGGAAUUUAAUGUUAAAAAAUGAUGAAAGCUCAGAAGUGCGUUCAUAUUCUAAGAAUGUAGAAAUUGAUAUGGAACAUUCAGGUAUGAGCAAUCAUGAAAAUUUAGUUAUGAAAAAAAAUGACAGCUUUGAGGUGCCUACAUCUUCUCCAGAAGUAAUUGAAAAUUCUCUUUCUUCUAAAGUAAUUGAAGUCAGUUCAACAAAUGAAAUAAAAAACAAAAAGGAAAAUAAUCUAAAAGCAAUACCUGAACCAACAUCAGAAAAUCUACGUGUUUCAUCUCACAAAAAUCUUUUCAUAGAGCCGAUCGAUUUAAGCAAGUACAGUUCGGCUGAAGAGUUAGAGGAGCUUGGAUUAGAUCGUUUAAAGUUUGCUCUUCAAGCUCUUGGAAUGAAAUGCGGUGGAACUCUUCAAGAUCGUGCUAAAAGACUUUUUAUCACAAAACAAACUCCGAUUGAUCAAAUUGAUCCGAGUUUAUUUGUAAAGAAGAAAGCCGGUAAUAAAUCAUAGCCGGUAAUAAGUCAUUUCAAAAAAAUACUGGCUGUCAAACAUUUAAAAAGAGCUCUACCUGUAUGCAUUAGGUUCAACGUCAACACCAAAACUGACCAAGAAAAAUUUAAUAUAAAGGAUGAUCUUCUUAUGUUUUGAAAGUCGUUGUCUGGACUACCGGAAAAGCUAUUCUAUUUAUUUUUUAUGAAUAAACAUUUCUAAUUUAAAAUUUUAACUUAAUUUUUAAAUUUUUUGUUUGGUUGUGGUGGUGUCUUGAAACAAUUUACGACCAGGUGGCAUACUAUCAUAUUAUUAUUAUUAUUUUUUAUUUAAUCGACCUGUUGAUAAAAAUGUUAUUUAUAAAAAUUUAAAUAACAAAGCAUUUAUAAAAGUUUUUAUCGGUGAUAAAUAUUUUCGAUAAUAAAAAAUGAAACACUUUAUAAUAUUUAAUUACGUUUGUACAAAUUUUAUGUUGAGAACAUUGAUAAAGAUUAAUUAUUAGUAA